UCCAUUUGUCUCUUUUUUGAUCUUGAUAGAUUAGAUAAUUUAUGAUCUUGUGGUCAUUCUAAGACCUCAAUCGCAUGAAUCUUGUCCAUCCAUCCAAGAAUAUAAUAUAUAGGGCUUUUAGUCCUCCAUAAUCUUCACAUUAACAAUCAACAGUCAACACAUGGAAUUCUCACAACCUCUGGCCAUUGAAAGCUUCUCGCGCAGUUGGUUAACAAGUGCAAGUUCCCCCUUAUAUGGUCUUGAGGAGCCCCUCAGAGCAUCUCUUGACAGUUCCUAUGAAGCUAGCGGUGAAGAAUUAGAGCACAAGAUUCUCAAGUCAGAAAGAUCUCUGGAAGACGUCCAGAACUUUAAUUUUGAUGUUCCUAUUUCUGAACACCCUGAGCGUCUUGUUCAUGCUGAUCAGCUUUUCUCUGAUGGCCUAAUCAAGCCUGUUUUUGUCAACCAGUCAAAGAUAGAGGCCUCCGAUCCCCUUGAUUUAGUACCUAUCCCUUGUUCUUCCUUUUCUUCUAGAAAUGUCGUCUCGACUGGUCAUAUCCAGUGUCAUAUUCUUAAAAGAUGGAAAAAAUCGUCAGAGCGAAUCUUGCGGAAGUGUUUUGGAUAUCUGAAACCUUUGUGCCAUAAAAUAACUGGCGCAAGGAAAUGUACAAGAGUUGAUGAUAUUGAUGAAAGAGCAAGACAAGUAAAGAGUUGGAGCAGUUUGCCGCAAGCAUCUCCACACAGGAUCUAUUCAACAAACAGCUGGUGCGAUAUCGAGAGCUCAAUUUAUGAGGCGGUUCUUCAUUGCAAAAGAUCAGUGGAUAAAUGAUCUUUUCACAGAGAGAGUAAGAAACUGAAAUUUGAAACAAGUGGAGAGCUUCUAGAAAUGCUGAGGCAAGAGAAUCAAAAAACAGCUUGUUCCUUGUCCCAUUGUUCUGUCCUUUAGCCCCUUGGUUGUUUAUGUGCAAUUUGUCUACUGUGUAAACAGAAGUUUCUUUGUUGCUCAGCUGUGGAAAGUUUACUAUUUAAAUCA